AGACCUUGACGGGGAAGGAGAUUGAGAUAGAUAUUGAAGCCAGUGAUCCGGUAGAGCGCAUCAAGGAACGGGUAGAGGAGAAGGAGGGUAUCCCACCAAUCCAACAGCGACUCAUCUAUGGUGGAAAGCAAAUGAAUGAUGACAAAUUAGUAAGUGACUUCAAGAUUACGGGCGGCUCGGUUCUACAUCUCGUUCUCGCUCUCCGUGGCGGACUGUGAUUAAAAGCGAUUGGGAAUAUACUUUUCAGUCUACUAGUGCAGGCAAUAUGCCAACUUUCACGCAGCAGAGUGUUCACCGAACUAUAGUUUCUCAGAAAGUAUUCAUUUCUGUUGUCUAGAAUCUGUCUCUACUGACAAAGUGUAAUUAGACAGCAGAUCCUUUAAGUGCGCUCGUUUGAACACAAUGCGGAUAUACAAACACCUUUAUCACUCACGGAUGCCGGAUGGCAUAUGCAGCCACUCUCGUUGAGGACUUGGGGUCCAUGGGUUAGGUGAUAGCAAUUUGUUGUGAUCGCAGUGAUCGUGAACUGAUGACACAAUUUGAUACAUCCAGGGCUUCCAGAGUCCAGGCUCCAUAGCAUAAAUAUAUUUAGGGGGGGGGUCCAAAUUUGAAAUUACCACGACGACCCUUGGCCUCGUUGGAUUCUCAAUUCUGGGACUGGGUCUGUCACUUACUUGAACAUACGUAUUUAGGUUGAAAACCCUACUGCGUAAAGCUGUGAACUUCCUCUCUCUGAAGUCGAGAGACUUCGAGACUCUCUCUCUCUCUCUCUCUCUCGAGAGAGUGCCAGAGAGAGAGUAUAUUUAACUGGGGUGUAUGAUCACUGUGGUAGUCAUUGGCAAGUUAUGAUGGGUGUUUUUAUAUUUUUACAAUCCGAUUUCUCAUGCAGCAGAGGCCAGCUGUUUUGUACAUCACAAGAGAUACAGUCUCACAGACCCCAAGGCCACAGGGCCUACUACUUAAGAGAGUAAUUCGGCCCAGCGGGGCCAUUGUCUCAGAGAGUACAGAAAAAUAAUAAAAAUACCGU